AAAAAACAAAUGAGAACGUAGUAAAUAAACGUAGUGGCGGUGAAGAGAAGUGUUGGUGUGUGAUAGUAGUGUAAAUAAGUUUCUUUCAAUAAAGUGAAUAUGUUUUCUGGAAAGCUCCGGUUUUUGUUAGUGAUAGCUUUCAUGUUGUUUGAACAGACAGGUGAUGAUGGAGUUCGAUACUCAUUCAUUGCAGAGUGGUUUGACAAUGAAUCGCAGACACUAAGAAAAUUUUAUUUAAUGUACUUCACAGCUGAUGAUACUGUACAGCUGUUUGAUAUUAAAAAUAACAACACUUUCCUGAAAAGAACGAAAUGUGAAGGAGUUAGUGCAAAGGAUAUUUACAUUGGAGCCAUCAUAACAAUUUUUUCUCGGCAGAUGAACAUAACAGACUUUGCUGAUAACUUCACAAGAGAGAAGUUUGGUAAAACAUUACAGAAGACUUUUGGAAUGCUGAAGCCUGAUGUGGCUGAUAAAUAUGGUGAAAUACUGAAAAUGAUUUAUGCAAAUGACUUUAAAAUAACAAAAUUGAAGAUGGCACGCCUUACAAAGGAACAAGCACAGGAGUUUUAUAAAGAACAUGAGGGAAAACCAUUUCUGCCAUUCUUAGUUGAGUUUAUGACAUCAGGACCUGUACUAGCAAUGGAACUAGUUGCGGAAAAUGGUAUAGCCAAAUGGCGUGAAACUAUUGGACCAACAGAUUCUGAGGUUGCCCGUACAAGUGCCCCAGAGAGUGUGAGAGCAAAGUACGGCAAAGACAAAUCAUACAAUGCUGUUCAUGGAUCUGAUUCAGUAGAAGCUGCUGAAAGGGAGCUUUCCAUCUUCUUCCCUGCGUCCAGUCGUGAUCUUGAUGGAAAGAUGACUCCAAAGACGACAGCAACAUUCAAGAAUUGUACAUGCUGUGUAAUAAAGCCUCAUGCAGUUCAGGAAGGUUUACUGGGUGAUAUCAUAUAUGAAAUUCAAAAAAGUGGUUUCAGAAUUACAGGAAUGCAAAUGUUUUAUAUGGACUAUCCAAAUGCUGAAGAAUUUUAUGAAGUAUACAAAGGAGUUGUCCCUGAAUGCACGGCAAUGGUUAGUCAACUUGUUAGUGGACCAUGUGUAGCUCUUGAAAUUGUUAGUGAUACUCCUGACACACCUAGCAAAUUUCGAGCUCUUGUUGGGCCACCUGAACCUGACAGGGCAAGAGAACUUCGUCCAAAUACUUUACGUGCAAAAUUUGGUAAAACAAAGGUGUUAAACGCAAUCCACUGUUCUGAUUUACCAGAAGAUGGUUUGUUAGAGGUUGAAUAUUUCUUCAAGAUUCUGUCAUGAAUGUGUGCUAGUAAUCCAUUUUUCAAACUUCCUUAGAAAAGUAAAUACAUGGACAAAAUUUUGAAAAAAAUUCAUUGUGGGAUGUUCACUGUGUUGAAUUGAAACAAUUUUGUGGAAGAACUAAUGAUUUAAAUCUGCUUGCCUGAAUGUAUAAAAAAUUCUGCUCUUGCAAGUGAGAGAGAUAUCUAUUUUGCAGUGCUUCCAAAAGUUGGAAAAUAAUUUUUCCAUAAAGUGAUGAUAAAUUAAUGAAUAUGACAUCUGUUAUUUUAGAUGGUUGAUGUGUGAAGAACAAAAAGUCUUCAACAUUGAAGUAUUUGUGAAACCAUUCCAGUUAUUUUAUAGUUAGGAUUAUUUUAUAGUGAAUCACAUUCUCUCAGGUAUUACCGUGUUUAUGUGGUUUAUGUGUAUAUGCCAUGCCAUAACAGAAUACGCACAGCUUUAUUUUGGAUAUUUGUUUAAAAAAGUAAAGGAGAAGAUGAACAGGAAAGACACAUGCAGUUAUAAAUUUAACACACACAACAUAUGGUACUAACAUGUCACUGCGUGUAGUUUUUGUAAGAGGUGUAGCAGAGUGGUAUUUGAAUAUUUCUUCAAGGUUCUGUCGUGAAUGUAUGCCAGUGACCCACCUUUCGAACUUCUUCAAAAAGUAAGACCACUUAAUUAAUUUGGAGGUAAUUGAAAUCCACUGAUGUAGCACUCCAGCUCAAAAAUGUUUCACCCUUAGUCCUCUGCUUCCAAUGUGGAAUUAUCAGCUUACGCUACUGUGACUAUGCAUGUCUCAUAACUGUUUGCUUAUCACCAUCUCAGUCAAGUACUUAUUAACUAUUUGAUGCUGUUUUGUACACAGAUAUUGUUACAAACACUUCUAUUUAAAGCAACUAAAUGAAUGAUUAGUGAAAUUUGUGCACAUUACACACACUUAAAUAUGAUUUGGAGUUUCUGUGUUUUACAUUAAAAGUAUUUUAGAUUAAAUUUCUAGUCAGAUUUAGUCGUAUAUUAUUUUCAUUUUACGUAUUCAGCUGUGCUGUAAUCAAUCUGUAAUUGUAAUUUCAAAUUGUAAUACUCUUAUUAGCACAACAAAUGUUUUAUACAGGCAGAAAAAUUAUAUUUGGUUUAUCUUUUAGCGGAAGCUAAAUAUAUUUUCUCCAAGAAUGAUGUAUUCCUGUUUUUUAUAUCCUUAUUUUUAAUAUUCUUAUAUAUGAAAGUGAAAGUGCUCGUGUGUUUCAAUAUUUUGAUUGAUUUCUGCAAUAACAAUGCAGGAGGGUGAUCUGUUUUGUGUGGGUAUUCAAUCUCAAUAUAUUAGCUUCCUGCUGUUUAAUAAAUACUUUAAAAUAGCUUGAGGUUACUAUGAGAAAGUCUAAAUCAUUAUCCUCAGACGUAUCAAAAUAACAGUUAACAAUAAAAUUUGCAACAAUAUAGAAAAUUGCUUUACUGGUUUUGAAACUUUGCAGCCUGAGUUUUCAUCUCAUGAAGAAAUAAGGUAGCAGAUUUUGUGUAAAAUAUUUUUAAAACAUUUUCUACCAUGAAAUGUGUAUCUUAGUUUCAUUCCUUUAAUUUGAUAUGGGCUUAUAUGAACAAAAUGUUGUGCAAGUCAGAUAAAAAUUGCAGGUGGUAGGGUGGGUAUGGAGAGGUAACAAGGAAGCAUUGAAGAGAGUGUUAGCCUGGAUCUAUGAUCUAUAUUAUCUAGCUGUUUCAGCAUUUAUGAUCUCUCUUAAUAAUGUUGCUUGAUGUUGUGCUGAAAGAGGCUAUACUAAGUUUGUAUUCAUGGAUUGUGCUCUUGGGUUAUACAUUCUUUCUUGUGGUGUUGGAUUCCUCUGCAGAGGCAAACUUUAAUAAAAUAUUCUUGAUUUACAAACCAUGUUACUUCAAAUAAGACUCUUGAGUUUUCAGUAGCUAUCUGAGCCAUUGUCAUCAGAAGUAAAACACGUAGACUUUUGAAAUGGUGCAGUGUUCUGCUUAUAAAGGUGUGAAAGCAGUGUCUGUUAGCUUCCAGAGAGGGCCAAAGUGAUGCAUGCACAGGAAGGUGAGUUGGAUUCAUAACAGCUCCAGCCCACCGUGGGACUGAAUGAAGUUAGGUGGCAUGAGGGGCCAGCGCCAUGUGUGAAACUGUCACUCCUGGCUCCCUACAAGUUCCAGACCUCUGUCAUUGCUUUUGCUCAAUAUCCAGAGCUUGCCUCCCUACUAUGUGUGUAUCCCUGGUCUCUGUAAUAAUUGUCAUGGUUUAUUCUGAUCUCAGCCGCCUCCUUUAUAAUGGGACCCUAACUUUCAUCUUUUCAGAUUGUAUACUAUGUCCAUUUCGUAGGCACUGUUUAGCCACUGCUGAUUUCUCAUUCUUCCUAUGUUUAAUAUGUUGUAUGUGGUCAGCAUGUCACUCAGCAACAAUGGGAGUAGUUUGUCCUAUGUAGAUGCUACUACACUACUACUUUUGCAACACUUGAGAUGCAUGUCCAGAGAAAAUAGUUACACCAAGAGUGACACUACAAGUGCUUUCAGCUGCCAUCAGAAAAGGGAUGUAUUGGCAAAAGACAAAAAGCCAGCUGCAUUCCUUCCAUGCCUUACAGCAACAAACAGCAAGAUAGGAUUCAUGUUGCAGGGACAUGAACUGCGGCACAACUCCAAGAUACGAGAUUUGCAUGCCUCGUUAAGGGCAAUGUAGAGCUUCCAAGUUCCCACCAUGUAUGGCAUCCCCUGCUAUUGCAAUAGCAUUUACAUUGGACAAACUAGUUGCACAGUUGCUGCAUGUUGUGGCAAGCACACACAACGUGUUAAAUGAAAGAAUCGAGAAGUCAGUCGUGAUUGUUUAUAGCCCAGAAAAUGGACAUAAAAUACAAUUUGAAAAGAAAAGAGUCUUGGCUUGUGCAACAUCAUAUUGGGAUUCCAUUAUUAAAGUAAUCAGCUGGGAUUAAAAUAAACCACAACAAUUUUAACAGAGGCCAGGGGUACGUACUUAGUAGGGUAUGGAGGGUGCACUUUAGUUAUAUAACAAAAGCAAAGACGGAUGCUUGGCACUUGUUGGGAGGCAGAAGUGAUGGUGCUAGGGGCCAGCACUACUUGUGAAACCGUCUGACAUCUCUCAGUCCUGAAAUGGGCCAGAGAUACUAUGAGCUGCCCAACUCACUUCCCCACAUGUGUGUCACUUUGGCCUUCUCUGGCAGGUUCCAGAUGCUGCUAUCACUGCUAUAUAAGUGAAACACCAUGCCAGCCCUGGUAUUUAUCUUCCGAUGGCGAUGGCAGAGACAGUCAUCAAAAGCCUAAGUGCUUUAUUCGAAGAGAUAUAUAUUGUAAACCAAGAAGAUUUUAUUCAUUCAGUCAUUCAUUUUCAUUGACCUGUGGACAGCUUGCUCCACACACACCACACACCCACAAAUGCAAACACACACCUUUCUUACUUCUUUUUGUGUUGCUGUCUCUGCAUAUGUUAGUGAAACUGCUAAGUGCUUCUUUAGUGGGAAGUGGACAGUGGCAGUUGAUACAAAAUGUCAAACAUAGUAUCUAAAAACAAUAUCCAAAAACAACCAACUCGUGUUAAUAUCAUGCAUAGUUCAUAUAAUAAAUUUCACUGCAAAUGUUUUGAAACCAAAUAUUUAUUUAUGUAGGCUACCUUAAAUGUAUGCUUACAGCAAACUAUUAGCACAUACUUCCAACUUGAAGGGGAUAAGUGUCCCUUCACUCCCCCUGCAGUGUUCCUGUAUGUACCACAAACUUCUGGCAUUCGAAAUAAAGCACUCCAUUGCACAUAAA